AUGCGAUCCCACCGCGAUGGUGCAUCCGGCCUCCUCCAGAUAGGUCUUUCGCUACAGGGUCGUCGUUACCUCUCUUUCGGCCUGCACCGUUCCCCGGAGCCAGCUGCAGGGCCUGAUCCAAGCGUUUGGGACGAAGAGGCCUGGCAGAGGCUACCAGCUGCAGAUCUCACCACGCUCGCACUGAAUCCUGGCGAUGUCUACGUGGCCACGCCCGCCGUGUUCGAGCACGGCGUGGCCUAUGAGCCCAUGGAGGACCCGACCGUGGCGUUGAUGUUUCGGCUGGCGCUGCCCGACACGGCGGCAACAAAGGAUCUGAACCGGUGUGAGACUUUCUCAUUUGAUGAAGCGGCCUCAGCGGUUUCGACUGCGCUGGCGGAAGCCCUGUCGAGGGAUAUCCUCCGACUGCCUUCCCUGGCAGACGUUCGCGAGGUCGAAACCAUGCUCUGCGAAAAGGCUGUG